AUGUCGUCGUCACAGACCAUGACAGCGCCAGCGGUGGGCCAUCGGCCUCCUGAUGCUGGUUCCAGCAUGUCAUCCCUCUACGAUUACGGUCCAUCUCAACAUCCUGAUCAUUCUCCUCCCUCCCCGCCCAGCGACUCCGCAAUCCGCGCUCUGCACGAUUCUGCCCACCCCGACGACGCCCCUGCCAAUGUCAAUGGCUCCUCCUUCUCCUCCCCCCUGCCCGCCACGAUGCCCGUCAAAUCAGAGCCAGAGGAUUCCAACUUCUCUGCCUCUGCCUCCGACGUCCUGCCCGAUGCCAAUCCAGGUACGAAUCCCAAUCGUCGUCAGUCCGCCGCCAGUGCCCUCCUAGCCCAACUGCUCGGCAACCAAUCCUCUGCGCCGUCCGACCCUGCUGGUCCAGAUCAGCCCGUGCCGCCGCCGGCGGGCCCAGAAACAGACUACCACCACCACCACCACUCUUUACUACCCUCGGACCAUCGCCUCCCCGAUCUCCCCUCGCAACAACAACCCCAACCCCUACCACCACCACCACCCCCAGGGCCGGACGAUGGGAUGAAUGGCCACGACUGGUCCGCAGAACCUCCGGCUGAGUCUUUGGCGGCCCCCGUCGGCUCUUCCGACGGCCAGGAUCAGAAUCCGGUCUCCCUCGGGGGUCUGCUGCCGCCGUUCCAGCCGGAGGAGAAAAUUUCGGACGAGGCCUCUGCGAUGGCUUUUUCGCACCCCGAUUUCCACGAUGCCCUGCCCGCCAAGUCCGUCGAUCCGAUCGAGGGCCUGACCGAUCCUUUGCUGUUGUCCAAGUCCGGUCUCGACCAUUCCGACCUGUUUCCGCCCUUCGAUAUCACCGCUCCUCCGAAGACCCCCUACGAGGCAUUGCACCAGAAUGAGAUGCUGACGGCUGCCUACCUAUCCCAAAGUGCUGAUCUCUCCGCCCUGGGCUACUCGGGCACCGGUCUCCAUCAGGAUGGGACUGGCUCGAUUACCGGGUCCGAGCCCCGGAUCCAGGCUUUUGCGAAAUUGGAAUUCGACGACGGUCACUUCUACUGUAACACAUAUUCCUUCAUCCUGGGUCGAGACGUACGAGCGGCUCGGGCUGCUCAUGAACGGGAAUUGCACGUCCGUCAGGCCGUUAGAACUUCUCGCGCGAAAAGUUCGAGCGGUGGCAACACGUCGCAUACCCCCGUCCGAGUAAAACAUGAAGGCAGCGGGAUUCUAGGGAGCGUCGUCAGCGACCGUGGUGGAAUCCUAGGCUUUGAUCCCGACGUUCCGCCCCUUCUCCCGCGAAUGAGUCGCCGGUCGUCCAAUUCGUCCCAUGCCGAGUCUGGCGCGCCGCUACACGCGACUCCCGCCCAGCUGCAGGCCACCACCGACUACAAUGCUCUGGCCAUGCAAUCGCUAAAUGACGGUAACGGGGAUGCGAAACCGGUUGACACCCUCGCUCUGCUCCCUUCUCCCGACGCUUGUCCUACCAUUCCCAUCCACCCCCCGGCGACGGCCGACGGAACGGCCGCUGGACAUCGAGGGAUUUCACGGAAACAUGUCAAGAUUGCAUAUAACUUUGAGGGGAACUUCUUCGAGAUGGAAGUGAUGGGGAGAAACGGUGCUUUUAUCGGGGCUGAUUGGCUAUCGCCGGGUCAGCUCCGACCUCUACACAGUGGUGAUUACAUCCAAAUCGGCGGCGUCCGCAUCCGCUUCUUACUACCAGACGUCCCGAUUGGCGAGACGGGCGCAGAAGUCACCGAGGAGCCGUUCGUCGACGAGGACAACGCCCAGGUAUCUGUCGCGGCCGGAGAGAACGACUUCAUCGACGACAAACGUGGACUGGACAGCUCGGAGAGCAAGGACGGUACGAAACCUACUAAGCUUAUACUGAAGACCAAAGAUGCCAAUUCCACACAACCUGUCCCGUCCAUUGAAGGCUCUGCGGAUGGCCAGCAGCCGAUCCGGCGUCGCGGCCCCGGACGUCCUCCCAAGGAUGGGAUCAUGUCCAAACGCGAGCGUGCCGAAUUGGCUCGGGAGCAAAAGAUGGCUGCGAAGCGCGAGGCCAAUGGCGGUGUUACGCCUCCGCCCAAUCGACCCAAGGUCGCCGGCAAGGCUCCAGUCAUGGGUGCUCCGUCUACUACUCCCAAAGAGUCCGUUGGCGCCGAGUCGCCCGGGUCGAAGCCGGAGAAGCGCAAGUACACGAAGAGGAAGAGGCCGGACGGCACGUCGAUGGACUUCCCCUUGCCUUCGACGGAAGGAGGCCAAUUCCCCAUGGAGCAACGACCCGAGGACUUCAUCAAGGCUCCGCCCGUCAAGAAGCGCAAACCGUCACGGUCGCCAUCGCCCAACUAUCCGCCCGAGUCAGCAUACACGCCGGAGGACCUCGCAAAGCCGCCGUACAAUUAUGCGGUGCUGAUUUUCGAUGCGCUCACCGAGGCUGGUACCCCCAUGACCCUCAAGCAAAUCUACCGCGCCCUAAAACUCAAGUACCCGUAUUUCCGCUUCAAAUGCGAAACCGAGGGUUGGACGUCCAGUGUACGGCACAAUCUCAACGGCAACAGCCAUCUCUUCAUGCACGCCGAACGAGAUGGCAAAGGAUGGUCCUGGCAAUUACGACCAGGCGCCUCGGUCGAGAAGGAGAAGAAGAGGCGCCCGUCGCCUCCGCCGCCGGUCUCGCAGCCUUCGAUGCCGGCUGCCACUCCGCAGUACAUGCCUCAAAUGAAUCCGCCGUAUGCCAGCCAACCCAACGGACAAACGGGCAUGGCCAACGCGCACUUCCAAUUCCCGUCAAUGCCGCCAUCCAAUCCGUACACUGCGCCUUCGCCGGCACCUCCUCCGACUCCAGCGGCAGCACCACCACCGCCUCCACAGCAGCAGCAGCAGCAGCCGCAGCCACAACAGCAACAACAGCAGCAGCCACAGCCACAACAACAACCACAACCACAACAACAACAACAACAACAACAACAACAGCCGCAGCCGCAACAACCGAGUCCUUUCCCUCCUCUACCUCAGGCCGCCUCCACCCCAUUCCCCAUCCCCACUCCGCUCCGAAACAACCUUCCGCCUGCUUUUGCUCAAACCACUCCGUCCACCUACACUUCCCCUUAUGCUUCCGACCCUCCGCCGCAACUAGUCCAAUUCCAGCAAUCGCAGCAAACACAACCGCCACCGCCACAGCAGACCAUACCACCACAGCCAUCAUCACAGCCGCAGCCGCAGCAGCAUCAGCCGGUACCGCCACCACAACCGGCUCAACAACCGCAGCAGCAUCAGCAGCAACAUCAACAUCACCACCCUCAUCAUCCACCGCCGCCACCGCUACCACAGCAACAUCAGCCACCUCCGCCUCCCCAUCAGUCUCCUUACCCGCCGCAGCAUCCUCCGCCGAUGUCAAGUUACCCUCCCCAACCGCAGCAGAACCUGCCCCCUGCUUCUGGGCCUCCUCUCCAGCAUCAACCCAAUCCCAACGUUGCGCCCAGCGACCCUGGACCGGGAGGACCCAUGGACCACUCCGAAGCGUUAUCGUUCAAUGAACGGGCCAACAAGGCCAUUGACGAUUUCGAAGCAGUGCUGAUGGAAGAUUACGAGGAUAAGAACUAUAUUCGAGAGGUGCUCAAGAGUUCGCGGGCUCGUGUGCUCGGUGAGGCGACGGAGAGCUCCUUCCCUGGAGGAGAACCGAAAGAUGAGGCGGUCAUUCUUGAUGCGUUGCGCAAUUUGAUCGGUAGCUUGAAGGAUCAAUAG